AUGCACGUUAAGACAGGAUUGUUAUUGAUAGCCUGGGCAAUUGUUGCAGCCUUGGGAUGGAGCGGUGAUUCUGGGGAAUUGGCAGCCCAGCGAUCCUACUUUUAUGUUGGAGGACAAUAUAUUCCAAACGGUGCUGGCGAGCAUAUAUUCACGGAUCAGAUGUACGUGGAAAAGUUGACUCCGGCUGCGGGGGUUACGAAGCCGUAUCCAGUUGUCUUCAUCCAUGGACAAGCUCAAACAGGUACCAAUUGGCUCAACAAGCCUGACGGAGGGGAAGGCUGGGCCUCUUACUUCCUCUCGAAAGGAUACGCAUGCUAUAUCAUCGACCAAACCUUCCGCGGUCGCAGUGCCUGGCUCCCUGGAAAUGGAACAAUGGGUACCUACAGCGCAGAGCUCUUGCAGCAGAGAUUUACUGCACCUAAGAAAUACAACCUCUGGCCACAGGCAUCACUACAUGCCCAAUGGAACGGAACGGGCGUCAUGGGCGACUCGAAUUUCGACGCCUAUUAUUCCUCAACGGUCGAGUUCCUCAGUUCAACAACCUACCAGCAGUCAACCGUCCAAGCCGCUGGAGCUGCCCUGCUUGACACUAUAGGAUCACCAGUUAUUCUCCUCUCCCACUCCCAGGGCGGUUUCAUGCCCUGGCUCAUUGCAGAUGUUCGUCCAACGCUCGUCCACUCCAUCGUCUCGAUUGAACCCAGCGGCCCUCCCUUCCAAGACGCCGUCUUUGGCAACACUCCCGCGCGUGUCUACGGACUCACUGAUGUCCCUAUAACCUACUCGCCUAUCCUGGCCGAUCCGAUCGACCUCGUGAAACAGGUUAUCCUUUCUAACUCAUCACUGUAUUCAGACUGUGUAAUCCAGGCUGAUUCCCCUGCACCGAGACAGCUCGUCAAUCUCUCUCAGAUACCUGUCCUGGUUGUGACGACCGAAUCGUCUUACCAUGCACCGUAUGACUGGUGCACAGUCAAAUUUCUGCAACAGGCAGGUGUCCCGGCGCGGCAUCUUCAGCUUGAGGAUAUUGGAAUCCAUGGCAAUGGACAUAUGGUAUUCUUGGAGAAGAAUAGUUUGCAAGUUGCUGCGGCUCUACUGCAGUGGAUCGAGAGGACGUAA